AUGGCUCCGAUCCGGCUCGGAAUCAUCGGCUUGUCUGCCACUAACCUUGGCAGCUGGGCUGGCGCCGCUCACCUGCCCUAUCUCAUUUCUCCGCGCGGCCAGGCCCAGUACAAAAUUGUGGCCCUCUGCAACUCGAGCGUCGAGUCAGCGCGUUCAGCAAUUGAGAAAUUCCAGCUGCCAGCCGACACUCGAGCCUACGGAAGUCCCAAUGAUUUGGCUCAGGAUGCUAACGUCGACUUCGUAGUGUGCAGCACCUGCGUUGACAAGCAUUAUGAGACGAUCAAGCCGAGCAUCGCCGCCGGCAAAGCCGUCUUCGUCGAAUGGCCUCUAGCAUCAAACAUCUCGCAGGUCCGCGAGCUGGCUGAGUUGGCUGGAGAGCAGGGGGUCAAGUCUGUGAUCGGCUUACAAGGGCCCACCGCGCCCUUCAUUGAUACAGUGCAAGAUAUUCUGAAAUGUGGCCGCAUAGGAAAGGUGCUCAGCUCUGAGGUGAGGGCGAGGGGAGGCACCAGUGAUCGGGACACUAUGCCCGAGUCUCUAAGAUACUUUACGAAUCUGGAAGUGGGAGGUAAUGCGAUCACGAUUGGUUUCGGCCACCUAUGGGAAUUCCUGCAGCAUGUUCUUGGGGAUGCCCAAGAUAUCCGUAGCCAGUGUCAGCUGCAGCGGCUCGAGGUAGGGCUUGUCUCUUCAGAGACGGGCACAGUCAUUGAGACCGUCAAGUCAGAUGUGCCGGACAUUGCUUUUGUCACCGCCACGUUGAAAGGCAAUGGAUUCAUUCAAGAAGGUGCUUCACUGCUCGUCAAUUUCCGCCGAGGUCAACCAUUCCCUGGUGAGCCCCAUGUGACUUGGACCAUCAACGGAGAACACGGCGAGAUCAAGUUUACAGCCGAAGGGGGCACGACACCACGCACGAUCGCCUCUAUGCCAAUCAAAAUCGUGGUGCAUGACUUUGCCACCGGUCGAGUCGAAGAUAUUGGCUGGAAUUGGAAUUCCUGGCAACAGCAGCUUCCGGCCGCGGCGCGGGGUGUUGCCGGACUUUAUGAUGCGUACGCCCGUGAAGAUACCAAGGCCUAUUCUGAUUUUGAUCAUGCUCUCAAGCGCCAUAAACACUUAGAGGCAAUGUUAUAA